AUGAACGCGGUCGUUAAUCAAGUGUUGCCGAUGCGAUUGCAGUUACGGAGUGUUCGCCAAGUGUUCUCCGGUCGAUACAAAUUGUUAGCAAACACUGGGGUCUCAUGCACGAUACUCGGCUCGGCUGAUGCCAUUCAGCAGCUCAUCAUGGGCACUUGGGAUCCAAGAGAUCCGAAAAAGCCGUGGGAUUGGAAAAGAACAGGCCGUUUUGCCGCAUGUGGUCUCCUUCAGGGUCCAAUGUUGCACUACCUCUACCGUUUCAUGGAUUUCCAUGUCAAAUUUCGAGGACCAAAGCUAGCAGUGGUGUUGCAGAAAUGUAUGAUGGAUGUCUCGUCGGCACCAUUGUUUACAAUGACAACGAUUUGUGGUAGGUGUCAU